AUGACAGAAGUAUUCCUGAGUGAAUUAAUGAAUAUGUUUAAAGAUUACGAAGAUGCGUAUCAUGCAUUAUAUCAACUAAAUACAUACAAUCAAGACGAAAUUAACAAAAUUUAUCACAUAAUUAAAAAUUCGUUGAUUGAAACAAAGUCUUUGUCGCCAACUCAAACUUUAAAGACUAUUUGGGGGAUUUUACCUUAUAAUAUGAAAUAUUUUAAGUCUUACAAAGAAAUUUUCAAAAAGAUUUAUGAUGAUUAUCAUCCAAUUCUUUCACAAAUAGAUAUCCAAGAUAUUUCUUAUGUUUUGUGGUCCGAUUUGACUGAUGAACAUGGAAUUUCAUUAUCAGAAAAAUUUAAUUUCCAAAUCAUAACUCAAAAAAACAAAAAUUAUUCGCUAGACUUCCUUGAAUAUAAUAAUAAUAUCUACAGAUUAAUUGUGGAUGAUGACAUAAAAUCAUUCAUCUUUUUCGUUGAAAGGGAAGGAUUUAUUCCAAAACAAGUUCUUGAUAGCGACUUGUAUCCGUCAGAAUCUAAUUCAUUACUUGAACUAUGUUGUUAUUAUGGAUCUGUUAAUUGUUUUAAAAUAUUAAUUACAAAAUUCCACUCCGAAAUCACACAGAAAUGUCUUCAAUACUCGUUUUUAGGUGGAAACGCAGAUAUUAUGAAUGAAUGUUUGAAAGAGCAAGAUCCGGAUGAUACUUGCAUGGAAUAUGCAAUUAUCUCACAUAACAUUGACUUUGUUAGUUUUUUAAUUAAUGAAUUCGAGUUAGAAAUUAAUUUAACUAGUUGUACAAAAUUUCAUAAUUUUCAAGCCCUUAUAGUAUAUUUAGAUCAAACAAAAGAUAUCAACGGUUGCUUUGUUCAUUCAUUAUUACUUGAUCUCUCACCAAUUUAUCAGUACUUCUUUUGGAGUGGUGCAGAUAUAAAUGCGCAUGAUGAAAAAGGAACAACUGCUCUUCAGGCUGCAAUAUAUAUGAAUAAUACAGAUGCAAUUGAAUUUCUUAUUUCUAAUGGUGUAGAAAUUAAUGCCAAAGAUAACGCAGGGAAUACAUAUCUUCACCUGGUUGCAUUUCGUAAAAAUAUUAAUUUGGCAAAAUUUCUAAUUUCGCAUGGUGCUGAAAUUAAUGCGAAAAAUAAUGAUCGAUCUACUCCACUGCAUGUUGCUGCGUUUCAAAAUUGCCUUGAUUUAUCGGAAUUAUUUAUUUUGCAUGGUGCUGAAAUUAAUGCAAAAAAUGUUGAUGGUUGGACGGCUCUGCAUGCAGCUGCUUAUCAAAAUGGUAAAGAAACAGCAGAGCUUCUUAUAUCUCAUGGUGCAGAAAUUAAUUCCAAAAAUAAUGACGGUUCUACUCCUCUUCAUUUAACAGCAUAUCAGAAAAGUACGGAAACUGCUGAACUUCUUAUCUUACACAAUGCAGAUAUUAAUGCAGAAGAUAACAGCAAACGGCUUCCUCUUCAUUAUGCUGCUACAUAUAAUAGUAAAAAUAUAGGGAAACUUCUAAUCUCUUAUGGUUCCAAAAUUAAUGCAAACAGUAUUGAAGGAUACACUCCUCUUCAUUUGGCGGCAAUGCUAGAUAGUAAAGAUAUGGCAAAACUCCUUAUAUUGCAUGGUGCUGAAAUUAAUACAAAAUGCUGUAAUGGCCAUACUGCUCUUCAUAUUGCUGCAGAAAAUAAUAGCAUCGAAACGUCUAAACUUCUUAUAUUGCAUGGUGCUGAAAUUAAUGCAAAAGGUAAUGAUGGCUAUACUGCUCUUCAUGUUGCUGCAGAAAAUAAUAGCAUCGAAACAGCAGAACUUCUUAUAUUGAAUGGUGCUGAAAUUAAUAUAAUUAAUAAAAAUGGACAAAUUCCUCUUCAUCUUUCAAUAAUUAAAAAUAACAUAAACAUGUCAAAUAUACUUAUUUCACAUGGUGCUGAUAUUAAUGCCAAAAUGGAUGAUGAAACUCCUUUCAAUUUUGCAGUAAAUAACAAAUUGAACGAUAUUGUAGAAUUACUUAUCUCACAUGGAGCUCCAAUAUCGUUCAAUGAUGUUUAA